AUGGCGCAGAGACCAACACCAAUUGACACUUCAACGAGUGCGUCGGGCGAGCCGCCGAAACUAAGCCCGAGCCAGCGCGCUGCAGCUGCGAUUGGCGAGGCUGCGACGUUUAUCGUGGAGGGCGUCACCGAGUUCAAGGACGCGGCGGUCGGCGCUUUUCGCACGGGUAACAUGCUGGACAGCAGCGACGUUAAAGUUGACGUUGCGACAAGUCCCCUCCACGAGCUCUUUGAGCGCGGAAAGCAAACAUUCGAGCGGCACUUCUCCAAGUUCAAGCGCGAGUCCACGGGUGCGACGGACGCAACAGACGACGACGGGAACGACUACUACUCGGACUCGGACGACGGCGACUGGUGGGACGAAAUUCUCGAUCUCCCCAAGCACGACAUCCUCCAGUCGCAUCGUGAGAAGCCGUGGCACGAGGUGCCGCUGCCGACCAAGUUGUACAUCAUCUUGACGGGUCCCGUAGUCUCGAUGCUCGAGGUGGCUGCUGAGUGGGCGCUUGCAGCUGGGGUUCUUUUUCUCUACAUGGCCCUCGUCGUCUUCGGCUCCAUGGUUUACCUCGGCGCACUCCUCACCGGGUCGCUUGCUACUGUCGAGAAGCUACCACUGGGUGAGAAGAUCCGCUUCGAGUACACAGCGUACAAGAUGUUUUUGCAUCUCGAGGUCGAGGAGGCGAUGCAGUUUCGCGUGCGUGCGCCUCGGAUUCGCGCGCUCGUGGCCCACGACGCGACGCGCGAGGCGAAGCAAAAGCUGAUGAGUGUCCUCGUCUCGACGGAAAUCAACGCCAUCCAAGCCAAUAUCGCGGGUAGCAUCAACUACACGGAGCAGUGCGCCAGAAUCUCGCUCGGGUCUGUUGUCGUUGCCGCACUCAUCUACGUCGUGGCGGCCUCAGAUCAGUUUUUUACGACGCACCUUGACUUUGCCAACAUGAAUACCAAGACCUUUGACGCUCUCGCCAUUAUCCUCCCGUACCUCCUCAACGAAGAGCUCAGCGUGAUGCUCUCGCGCAUGACGCUCGUCAUCUCCUGGUUUGGCAUCUUUCGGCAUGAAAACUCAAUUAUGCACUUUUUCGAGCACAAGUUUUUGGCCACCGACACCCGCGUCGAGCACGCUACGCGAACGGAGGUCGUCAACAACGCCGAAAAGAUGUGCAAGGACAUUGGCGUCGGCGCCGUCGACAUGAGCAGCGUUGCAUCCUUACUCACGGCUGUGUGGACGAUCAACUUUUUGUACCAAAGCUACUACGUCGACACCAAAGGGUCCGGUGGCGCUCCGGGUCCCGCGGGUCUCGCUGACACGAUGUUUUGGGGCAUGGUGCUUUAUUCGUUCACGAUCAUCAUCCUGAGCUACCUCCCGUUUUCGUCGUGGGUGGGCGGAGUUCCGGUCCAGGACGAAAAGUACCAAGCAAUGCUGUCGAGCUGCCGGAGCUUCUUACUCAUGGACCGACUUUCAGUGCUCCAACUCCACAUCUCGGAUGCUGUUCGAGACGCGCAGCAUCAUGCAUCGGAGACACUGGUCUCACACGAAGAGAAGAGGUUGAUUCGUCAGCUCCGUGGCGAGAUCAUCAAGCACCUCGAUGCGUCAUCGUUCGUGUCAUAUGUGCUCUAUUCGGUGAGCCUCGCGGUCGUUCGUCUCGGCGAGGAGCGUAUCGAAAAGCUGGACAAGAUUGAGCCGCUGCGCGCGCGCGUGACGUACAAGUACUGCUCCAAGCUGCUCAUUCCAUUGGAAAAAUUCGAGGAAACGGAAGUCGCGAUGGCUGCUCUUGUGCAAGCCGGUGUGAAGACGUGCGACAGCGGCGAUGACGAGGAAACCUUGCGCGCAUCGGAGGCCGGCGGCCUCAUCAAUCUCUACAACGCGCGUGAUGGCGCUGUCAUCAGCUCUCUGUUCGAGUUUGAAGUGCUCGACACGAAGGUCCAGCACGCCUUUAUGGAUAAGGGUGUCGUGUCGCUCUCAAGCCUCAUUGAAAAUCCCCUCGUCCGAGAUGCGCAGGUGUACUGGAACCCACAGCUCAACCACGUUGUCCUCGGCCUCGAGAUCAAGGUCAUGGAAGAUUAUACGGCCAAGAACGCCCACGAUCGCAUUGUGUUCGCGAGCCUCUACCUUGCCGCCAACACGACGCGUGAGAGCAAGUACGAGAUUGGUCACGGUGGCAUCUAUAUCAAGAGCGACAUGCUGAGCCGCAAGGACAUUUCACUCGGUCCCGUGGAUGGCCCUGUGACCGUCUACCAAAAGGUACCGGGUCGCGCGCGGUCUCGAUUUCUCAACCGAUGCUUCCUCGCCGCGACGGACGACCACGAAUCGUGCUACCACCCGGACGUUGUCUUUGGCGGCGCCGCUCCUCGUAAAGGCACGUUCGUCCAGCGUCGACCGAGCGCCAUGGGGUACCCAACGAUGUCCGUCUCGCGAACGGGCAGUGCAUCACACAUGACGGGCGAUCGCUACAACUCGGCCAAGCUCUCGGCCACGGCCAAGAUUUUUACGGGCGGCAGUCGCACGAACAGCGGCAACAUGCAAGAGCGCACGGUCAGUGUCAAGGUGGAUGUACCGCGCACGACGAGCUUCCCGACUCCGGUCGUCACCAGCAGUCGUACGGGAAGCCUUCGCGCACCCGCUCUGGACGGGCGUGGCGGAAGCUUUCCCGCACCUGUAAGCGACAUGCGCACCGCGAGCACGCUUAGCAACGAACGCUACGCCAGCAACAGCUUGAUUAACGAGAGUAGCGGCUAA